UAUGCGAACCUCCGCCGGAAGAACGGUCGCCAAGAACCUUACAACGUAUGCACCUUUUUCAUACUAAGCAUAUCACUUGGCUGACAUCACACGUACAGGUUAAAUACUGGGCUCUCGGAAACGAGACCUGGGGACCGUGGCAAGUAGAGCAGAUGACCAAGGAGGCAUACUCUCACAAGGCCUAUCAAUGGGCGAAGGCUCUUAAGCUUCUUGAUCCCAGCUUAGUUCUGAUCCUCUGUGGACAGGACGGUACAGCAUCAUGGGAUUACUAUACCCUGAAGCAUUGUUUGCUGCCCGUCAAUUCACCCCUCUCUACUAGUGCUGUCCCCCUCAUUGACAUGCACAGCAUUCAUCUGUACACCUGCUCAUCAUCUCAUCUGCCCAAUGCCACCGCCCCUCUAGCUGCUGAGCGUGCUAUUGAGAUCACAUCCUCCCUGAUCGAUCUCGCGAGGAUCGAGAACGGUGUUCCUCCAGAGCAAACCCGCCCAACCAUCUGCUUUGAUGAGUGGAACGUUUGGGACCCCAUCCGUGCCGAAGGCAGCAAGGGUGCAGAGGAAUGCUACACGCUUUCUGACGCGCUGGCCGUGGCUGUCUGGCUCAAUGUCUUCGUCCGUAAGAGCAAGGACUUGGGCAUGGCAUGCAUUGCGCAGACCGUCAAUGUUAUCUCCCCGCUCAUGACGACCAAGGAGGGCAUCACCAAGCAGACCACCUGGUGGCCUCUGUACCUGUUCUCUAAGUACAUGCGGGGCUGGACAAUCAGCGCGCAUCUCGCCAGCGCAACCUACGAGGGCGAAACCUCUCCCAAGUGGAUUCGUGGUGUCAAGGAGACCCCCUGGCUGGACGUCAGUGCUGUCCUGGGUGAGGAUGGCUACGUCAACGUUGCCGUUGUCAACAUUCAUGAGGAGAAGGCCAUUGAAACAAAGAUCGACGGUGCCUCGGGAGAAGUUACUGUGUUCACUGUCACAGGUGACAGUGUCGCAGCAACCAACAUGAAGGGCAAGGAAGAAGUUGCCGUGGUUGAGAGCACCUGGGACGGACAGGGCCCCUACGCAUUCCCUAAGCACUCUCUUACCCUUCUGAGAUGGAAGGCUUAAGUGUCUCUGGUAGACACUAGCUGUGUUCCCAUCAUAAUAGAAAUAGACUAGAUGAAUUCAUUAUGCUUGUACCAUCUCCAUAUCAAUAUCCAUCAAACAUAGUCGUGGCCCAUCACAGAUGAAUCUAUCCAUGCACCGUAUUCGUCUAACAUUCAUCAUCCACAGUCAUACUUAUACAUUAUCGUAGACAAUCAUAGCCUUAACCGAAGUUAACAUCAUGAACAGUUCCCUUGUCAUCCAAGUGUACGUUCAACC